AUGAUCUUGCCCACGGCCCCGGCCUCUUCCCAGGUCUCGCGAGCCGCGGUCAUGCUGAAACUGUCGAUCUCGUCGGACUCAAUGCCGCCCUUCGGCAGAAUCCAGCGGUCCUUGUGCUUUGAGGACGAGAUCAGUAGCACUUUGGAGUGGUCCGAGUUCAAUACAACGCACCCAGCAACCAGCCGGGCCCCCGUUGCUUUGUUGAAGAUCUGGUCCUUGCGGCCCUCGCGGGCGGCGUCGGUCUUCUGGAACGACCGGACAUUGUCGUUGGAAUUGCAUUGCGCCACGUCGACACUCCAUCAAGCACAAGAUGUCGUCCUCUCUGACUGGACCUUUGACGUUUCUGACGAUGGUUCUGGAAGUGUCGUCCAAGAACUCAACUCUGACCUGGGUGACACCACCUCUGGAUCCGGUUCUACCAAGAACCUUGAUGACUUUAGCAAGAGUGACUGGAGUUUUCGAGUCCUAAAGGGUUAG